AUGGCUAGUGUAAUCAUGCUGUGGAGCACUGGCACUAGGAUGCUGCUGCUUAUCUGUACAGUGCUGCUGCUACUUACCUCCCGACAGGUCACAUCGAGUCCUGCAGGGAGCCGGGCAUUGCUCAAUGCCACAACCAACCGGGACCCCUCGCCAGCAGCUGCUCUUGUAGCUGGCCUUGAAGGGGUGCACACAUCUCGCCGGCUGGCCAGGAUGACCCCCUUCUGGAGAACAGUGGGCACCAAACCCAUAGGAGCUUACUGCCGGUAUGGCCUGGAGUGCAGCACCAAGGCAUGCAGGGAUGGACGCUGCGUUCCCCUGCAGUACGAGAGCUGAAGCUUCAUCCCGGCUGGAA